ACGCAGUGAGUACGGGAAUCUGUCACCAGUAUCAACCAACCAACAAUGGCACGAAGUGGAUUUUGCCAGAUUUUGGUUCUCAUGUACUUAUCUCAUUUCAUCAAAUUAGACGUUGCUCAGAUAAUUUUGGGGGAUGAGGCUAGCCAGAGCAUCUUUUUUGCUCCCCUGCCCGGGCCCGAGAACGAAAUAUCUGUAUUCAACGUCAGUUUUAGACGGAUAGAGUUGGGAAGUCAGGGAAGCACCAUUAGGCUAAUUGAUUAUGAACCCGCUGACAGGAAGGUGUAUUGGAGAAAUGAUAACGACGAUGUCGUUCGCGCCAGAGUAGACCUUGCCGGGACACCACCGACGGUAGAGCCCUACUUAGCAGGACCUGUAAAUUCUUUUAGUAUCGACGCAGUGAGAAGGCACAUCUACUUCACGUAUUCCGAUCCAGCUGAAGAUGGCAAAAUCUAUUAUAGGAGUGAUUUGUUUUCUUCUGCGCCUACUCGACCCUUCAUUGAGUUUCCCGCAAAUUAUUCACGUUUAAGCGUCCAAGUUGACAGCAUCAAUAGGUUUCUUUACUACACAUCGCCUGGUUCUAAGAUGUUGGGUGUCUUGGACAUAUCUGCAAGGACCACGAAGGUCAUUGAACCCUUUCAUGCACAGGCGUUGGUAUUCGAGACGUGUCUAACUCGCGGCAGUAUACCUCCUUCCAGCCGUCUGUAUUACUACAAGGAUUCACAAGUGUUAGGCUACACAGAUACACUAAACAGUGAAACCAUGACCCUCGGAACAUUGCCUGAGCGAUAUAUUUCGAGACUGGACAUGGCGAAAUAUGGAAGCAAACUCUUUUUUAUACGAGCUACAGCCGGUUCCAGUUGGCUGACGGAAUACGACGCAAUGUCCUCCUCCUUCGAAAUUUAUGAUUCCAUCCAAAUUUCUUAUUCUGUUGCCAACAUCUCCAUGAACCGAACGAUUAUCCCAUCAUCUAUUCGGAUCAUCAAUGAUAAUUAUACAGAACCUGUUACCAUCGUGGAUUGUCCUAUGGACAUCUCUGUACCCAUCAGCAGAACCUCGGUAAACGGCACACGGCAAGUUUCCUGGACUGAACCUUCUUUGAACGCUUGGUCCAAUUGUGCUACCUUGGAAUUUCUAGGACAAGGGAUCAAUGGAGGUAAUUUCAGCGAGGGGAUCUACAGCAUGUCAUACCAAGCCUUGGAUACGAGAGGAAAUACAGAUGUGUGUAACUUCACGGUGACAGUCAUGAAUAAUGACGCGUCUACUACGGAUACCCCUGUACCUUCUGACGUUUCUACUCCGGUUGCCUCGUCUAUCAAUCCUCAAUCUGGGCCUACUGGGGGUGGCACUACACCCUGUUCGGAUGGGAACCCACCGUCCGGGAAUGGCAUCAAAACCUCGUGUAACGUGUUACAAGUAGCCACUGCCCUUUUCAUAACCAUGAUAACCGUCUUCAUAUAGGCCUUACAAAGCGAUCAGUAGUUUUAUGUUCCUUCUGGAUGGUAGACGGAAGAUACUUACGUAAAACCUACCCCUUCCAAAAUUACAACCCACGCGCAUACUCUGUGUGGUUAAGGUUUUGAGAUUGUAGCACUAGCAUUGCCUUUUUUCCAGAUUGAUUGGAAAAUAAAUCUACUCUUAAAUGUGUGUACGUAGCGGGCAGUAUACAUUCCCGCAGAAAUAUGUCCUCCAUUGAUAUCUGAAAACAAAAGUUCACUAAUGGAUGUCUGAACCCUUGUAUAACAGAACAUUUUCGAAUUCACGACGCAGAACUAAUUUAAAGUGAUUGGUUAACAUUGGUUUGACUUUU